AGACUAUACAGACGACUAUAGUAUAUUUCUGUAACAAAAUAUUAGAGUAAUAAUGAUAAAGUUAUAUUUGUUGAGUUUUAAAUAAUUGUCUGUCAAUUAUCCCGAACAGUAUAAUGGGAAACUAUUAUAAAUAUUAAUUAUUUAAUUAAAAACAAAAUUCCCACAAUUGGUGACCCCGACGUGAUCGGGAUAGCGUCGGUCAAAAGUGAAUCCAUAAAUAUUAUGGGAAAUUAAAUCAAUCCACUUAUGGUUUUAAAUUGAUUGAUAUUAAACAUUUUUAUAACAUUUUUUUACAUUAAUUCGUGGAGUGCUCAACAUAUGUUAUCAUGAAUUUUCAACUUUUUAUGGACGAGCACAUGUUUCUACUUCGACGCCGCCAUGUUUAAUUCGGUGGCAGACUCGUAUCAGGACAUUCUCCACCUUCAAAGAAUCCUGCAUUUUUGACAACUCGCCUUGAGAAAAUACGAAAGUAUUUUUGUUCAAAAAUUUUUGUCCUGUGUGACCAACAUUGAUAACCAUUUGACUGCAGUGACGGAGGUUGUACUCAAGACCGGAUGCCGCCAAGGAGAUCAAGAACCUGUUCAUUCUCGGAAACGGAAUUGUAUUAUCGAGAGGCUUACUUCUGGUUCCGGAUGCGGUGAGACAAGGUGUCACAAAAGAUUGUAUGCUUUCUGAAAAUAGCGCAUGGGCAUCUCCAUUCUGAGCCCAUGCAGCAGGUUGCCCGGAAACUAACGUACCAGAAAAAAGGUAUCUUUUGGAAGACGCCACCUACAGCUAUGAAAUUGAACUAAAUACACUCAAACAUAUUUUUUAAAUUUUCUCUACGCAAUGUGCUACAAUGUCCAAAAAUAGUUUUUACAAUUUCUUUAAUACUGUUCUUACAAUAAAAGUUUUAAAACCUUCCUUUUUUGUCAAUUCUAAACCAGAAAGUCCCCUUAAAGUCGAUCAUUUUAAAUUAUAUAAAUUAAAACUUGCUUUAUUAUUUAUUAUUAUUGGUGACAGUUUUAUACUGUUUUGUAUGUAAUUAUUGAGACUUCGCUAUUGUCUUAUUUUUUCUUAUUAAUUAAAUCUUUUUUUUUGUAUAAAAAUGGAAAGUUUAUUUAUUGAAAUUGAGUAGACAUAUCAAUAUAUUUGUCGUACUGAGACUAAUUAUAAGAAAAUUGGUAAAGCAAAUGUAAAUUUGUCUGUAGUUAAGGGUCGUUUAGAAUUAUUGAAUCAACGAUGGGCCACAGCUCCAGCAUUUUACUUGAAAUUGCAAACUUCAGCUACGUUAAAAGAAAAAUUAAAGCAGGAAUAUUUUGUAAAAAAAGAUUUUUUAAAAUUGGAAGAAGCUUAUUUGCAAGCAUUUGAUUUUUUAAAUACCCAGAUUUUUAACAUGACUCCGUUCUCUCAAGUCAAUACUUCUGCUUUUGAAACGUCAAUUCGAUCUGACUCAUUUCAUGUUAGAUUGCCUCAAAUUACUUUACCGGAGUUUUCUGGAAAAUUUUCGCGAUUUAUUCGACGCUUUAAUAAUUCAAAAUAAAAAUUUGUCAAAUAUUGCUCGUCUUCAUUAUUUAAAGACUUCUAUAAAGGGAGAAGCAAUUUAAUUAUUGAAGCAUGUAUCAGUCACAGAAGCUAAUUUUAGUGUUGCUUGGGAUAUAUUAAAAUCCAGAUAUGAUAAUAAGCGUGCUAUUAUAAAUUCACAUUUUGCUUCUUUCAUGAAUAUUUCUAAAGUGAGUAAUAAUUCUCCGGAAGAAUUGAAAAAACUUAUUGUUACAACUAAUUAGGCUUUUUUAGCAUUAAAAAAUAUUAAUCGUCCGGUUGACGAGUUAAGUGAUAUAUUAGUUUUUAUAAUUUCACAAAAAUUAGAUUCUUGGUCAUUAAAGGAAUGGGAAAUGCAACUUGGUUCAAGUACUGAAUAUCCUUAUACGUAUACGUGCUCUAGAAGCAAUACAAGCUUCAAGAAUUUCGAAUUCAGAUAAAGCAAAAAAUUCAAAUCAGCAGGUAACUAAAAGUCACGUUGCAUCUGCCAGUCCUAAAUGUUUAUUGUGCAAAGAAAAUCAUUUUUUAAGUAAAUGUAAUCAAUUUAAGGAGCUUCCGGUCGAAAAAAGAAAAGAAAUUGUAUUGCGAAAUCAUUGUUGUUUUAAUUGUUUGUCUCCCGGUCAUAGACCCUCUUCGUGUUUCAGUAAAUCAAAAUGUUCUAAAUAUCAACGUAAACAUAAUACUUUGUUACAUUUUAAUGUGAAAGCUGAUUGUAAUUUAAUUUCAGAUCAAAAAACAAUGGCAAACUCUCAAUCAGUUGUUGGAAAUCAACUAACUUGCUACGAACCAGGGGGUAAGAGUUCAAAUUCAGUUAGUUUAAAUCAUGUAAAAAUUUUAAAUCCUAAUGAUAAUACUAAUUUUUUAAAUAUACAGACUGGUUUAUUGAGUCGAACUCUCUUAGCGACUGCUCUGGUUAAAAUAAAGGUGGAUGGCGGUAGAAUUUACAAAUUUAGAAUUUUACUUGAUCAGGGGUCAGAGUGUUGUUUUGUUUCAGAAAGAGCUUUUAAAAUUUUAAAUCCUCGUUAUGAUCGAGUUAAUGCUCUUGUCUUUGGAGUGGGAGGUAUGAAUAUUGUCGAAGCUAAAAAAUUGGCUCAUUUUGAAAUUUUAUCUAAGGAAAAGGGUUGUCCUUAUUUAUUAAUAAAAGCCUUAGUUUUGUUAAAUUUAACCUCCUACAGUCCAUCCUUAAGUGAUAAUUUAAAGGAUAAUUUAAAAUUAAAAAAUUUAUGUUUAGCUGAUCCCGAUCCUUUCAGUAACUCGCGCAUCGAUUUUAUAAUAGGAGCAGAUAAAUUUGGCGAAUGUUUGUUACCAGGUUUGGAACAAAAUAUUUUGGGUUCUUUAACAGCUCAAGCUUCUAUUUUUGGUUGGAUUUUGUCCGGUCCAAUUUUAAAUGAUAUACAUUUAAGGCCCUCUUUAUCUAGUCAUACUAGUGUUUUAACUGAUUCUUUACAUGAGGAUUUAGUUCGUUUUUGGCAGUUGGAAGAAAGUCCAGUACAAUUAUCUAUGACUGAUGAAGAAAUGCGUUGUGAAAAUCAUUUUAUGAACACUCAUUCUAGAAUUGCUUCUGGUCAAUAUAUGGUGCGUUUGCCAUUUAAAACUAAUCCUCCUAUUAUUAUUGGAAAUUUUCUAGAGAGAGCAAAGGUUAUUCUUUCUAAAGUAAUGCAGCGCAUAAGUAAAAAACCUGAAUUAUUUAAACAGUAUUCAGAGUUUAUGUCCGAAUAUAUUAAUUUAGGUCACAUGCGAAUUGUUGAUGAGGAUGAAUUAAGGGAUGUUUCUCAGAUUGUAUAUUUGCCCCAUGAUCCUGUUAUAAGAGAAAGCAGUUCUACUACUGCUGUUCAAGUUGUAGUCAAUGGCUCAAGUCUGACUUCUAAUGGCACCUCUUUAAAUUCGCAUAUGCUCAUUGGUCCAAAGAUUUUGAAUGAUUUAAUUACCAUAGUUUUGCGAUGGCGUGAAUAUCGAUACGUUUAUAUAGCUGACGCGGAAAAAAUGUUUAGACAAAUUUUAAUUGAUCCUAGAAAUUUAGAUUAUCAGCGUGUUCUUUGGUAUUCACCAGAAAAUAGAGUUGUCGCUUUUCAAUUAUUGACUGUCACUUAUGCCACUGCUUGUGCUCCGUUUUUGGCCAAUAGAGUUAUUAAACAAUUGGCUAAGGAUGAGGGUGAUAAUUUUCCAUUAGCUAGGUCAAUUCUUGAGAAUGACAUCUAUGUUGAUGAUGCUUUAUUUGGAGCUGACGAUAUAGAGGAAGCUAAACAAAAACAAGAACAAGUUAUAAAUUUAAUGAAAUGUGGUGGUUUCCAUCUACGCAAAUGGGCUUCUAACAAUGCUAUUUUAUUGGAAAAUUCUCCAAAGGGAAAACAUGAACGAGCCAUAGAAAUCCCUUUUGAUAAAGAUAUUGAAUUGAAAGUUUUAGGUUUAUGUUGGGACCCAAUUUCUGACGUUUUUCAGUUUAAAGUUUCUUGUGAGGAAUUUACUAAUCCAACUAAAAGGAAAGUUCUUUCUACUAUUGCUAAAUUAUAUGAUCCUUUUGGUUGGUUAGCUCCUGUGGUUGUCGUUGGAAAAAUGUUAAUUCAGGAGUUAUGGCUUCGUAAACUAGAUUGGGAUGAGCAACUUCCGAGUGAUUUAAUGAAAACUUGGUUUGAUUACUAUUCUUCAUUGAAGAAAUUGGAAGAUCUUAAAAUUGCAAGGUGGACAGGACAAACUAAAAUGAGUAAUACAUGGAUUUUCAGAUGCCUCCAGCAGAGUUUAUGGAGCUUGUGUAUAUUUGCGAUUGAUGAAUGAAUCUGGAGCAGUAAGAGUAUCUCUUCUUUUUGCUAAAUCUAAAGUUGACCCCCUUUCACCUGUUAGUAUUCCUAGAUUGGAAUUAUGUGGUGCGGUUCUUCUUGCUAAAAUUUUAAAAUUUGUGAGGACUUUAGAGAAUUUGAAAGAUUUACCUAUUUUUUGUCACACGGAUUCCACUGUCGUUUUGGCUUGGAUUAGUAAGCACCCAUCUACUUGGAGAUCUUUCGUUGCAAAUCGAGUGGCUCUAAUUAAUGAGUUACUUCCUGAAGCUAAAUGGUUUUAUAUUCCUACUAAAGAAAAUUCUUCUGAUUGUAUUUCUCGCGGAGUUACGGUAUCAGAAUUCUUGAACCACUCUCUUUGGUGGAAAGGUCCACCUUGGCUUAUUGAAAGCUUUGUUAAACGUUCUUUGGAACCACCUUUGGUUUCUUCCGAGAUUGAUUUAGAACAAAAACUUGCAAGCUUUCAUGUUCUGAGCCAUGAUAAUUUUGUCUUGGAAAUCACAAGUAAAUUUUCUUCUUGGCCUAAAUUAUUAAGAGUUACAGCCUAUUGCAAACGUUUUAUUUUUUGUUUUAUUCAAAAGUUUGCUCAUCCAGGACAAAGCCAUUACCUUGUAACUUCACAAUGUUUAACUGCUAAAGAAAUUAAUUGGUCAAGAGAUUUUUGGAUUAAGAAAAUUCAAUUUGAGUUUUUCUCAACUGAAAUGAAACUUCUUACCAAGGAAGAAUCAUUGAAUAGCAAAUCAACUAUUAAAAAUUUACACCCCUUUUUGGACUCAAAUGGGAUUUUAAGAGUUAGCGGAAGACUUGCAAAUGCUCCUAUUAGUUUCGAUGAAAAACAUCCAAUCAUCUUACCCCGACAUUGUAUAAGCAACCUAAUUGCUUCUCAUGCACACCUUAGAUCUUUACACGGUGGACUACAGUUAAGUUUACAUGUCUUGAGACAGAAUUUUUGGAUUAUUAGAGCAAGGUCAUUGGUCAAAGGAAUAAUAAGGAAUUGUGUUACUUGUGUUAGAGAGCAGGCUGAAGUUCCCCAACAACUUAUGGGAAAUCUACCUGAUUUUUACUCCUUCUCGCCCCUUUACUCACACAGGUAUAGAUUAUGCUGGUCCUUUUGAUGUUAGAUUUGGUUCAGGAAGAGGGAUUAGAAGUCAAAAAACCUAUAUCGUUUUAUUUAUUUGUUGUUCUACACGCUCAAUUUAUCUCGAACUUGUCUCUGAUUAUUCAUCGGCAGCCUUUUUAGCUGCUUUACACCGCUUCGUGUCUCGUCGGGGAAAGCCCGCUCACUUGUAUAGUGAUAACGCAAAGAAUUUUGUUGGAGCUAAUAAUGAUUUAAAAAAUGCAAUGAUCAAAGUACAGGGUGACAAAGAUUUCCAAGAUAGAAUUAAUACCGAUGGAAUUUCCUGGCACUUCGUACCCCCUAACGCUCCUCACUUUGGUGGAUUGUGGGAGGCAGGGGUUAAAAGUGUAAAGCAUCACUUGCGUAGAAUAAUCGGCUUACAUAAAUUAACUCAUGAGGAAUUUUAUACCUUGCUUACAAGAAUUGAGGCUUCGAUAAAUUAAAGACCAAUCGCUCCAUUGAAUGAUAAUAUGGAGGAUUUCUGUUACUUGACUCCUGGUCAUUUUUUAGUUGGUGCCCCUCUUUUGAGUUUACCAGAGUGUUCGCUGGAGUUUGUACCCGAAAAUCGAUUAAAACGCUGGUCAUUGGUUCAACGUUUAACGGAAAUUUUUUGGAGAAAAUGGUCCUUAGACUAUUUACACUCUUUACAAAAGAGAUAUAAAUGGUUUAAUAAAAUGAUAAAUUUAAAUGUAGGAGACAUGGUUCUUGUAUGUAAUGAUAACUUGCCUCCUUGUAAAUGGACUUUAGGUCGCAUUAUGAAAUGUUAUACGGGAAAAGAUAAUCUUACUCGUUCAGUUCGAGUUAAAACAGCUGAUUCAGAGUUUGAUCGACCCAUUGUAAAGCUGUGUCUUUUACCUGUUAGGUUAAGUAACUCAGAAGAGUGUUAAGUGAAAUUUAUAUUUGUGUUAACUUGACACUUGUUUGUUUUCUUAAAUAUUUUAUGUUUCUUUUAUUUUUUAUAUUAUUUCUAUUUGUUAGGUCAUGGCGGGCGGCUAAAAUUGCAUAAUUUAAUUUUGUUUAUUAAUAUUUUCUUUGUUUUAUUAUUUCGUGAUGUAAGGCACACGAGGCGAGCGGUAUGUUUAAGAAUGAUUCUGAGAGUGAAUUUUACCCCUUAAAUUAUACUAUAUCCAUGCUGUCUGUUUCUUCGUUGCGUUUCGUGGAAUUGUAAAGCUUCUCAGAAUAUUAGUAUUAGCAAGUGUGCGAGGAAGGUGGUUGAUUGUGAAACGAAACAAAAGUGAUGCCUCUUUUAAAGACCAACAUUUUAACUAAAUUUAGACUUUUAUUUAUUUAUUUAACCACUUAAGUGAUUUUAGCUGCAUCUUAAACUUUUAAUCUUUUAUAAUAAAUUAUUGUUAAGUUUGUGUAAAAACUAUAUUUUAUUCAUUGACUAC